AUGCAAAUCAAACAAUUAUCUCUGGCCCGAGGCCAGCCUGGAAUCCUCCACCACUGCACCGACACCCUAGUCGCAUUCGAGUACACCCGCAGCCAAAUCCGCAAACCACACACGUUAGUCUUCGUCGGCGGACUAGGCGACAGCCUCGGCUCAGUCGACUAUUUGAAUGAAGUAGUCAAGGCCCUCGACCCAACAGAAUGGAGCAUCUUCAACCUAGGCCUGUCCUGCGCCGGCGGGGGGUGGGGAAUGGGCCGACUAGGUCAAGACAUCGACGAACUAUCCCAAUGCGUCUCCUACGUGCGCAGCUACAAGGAGCCACAAUUUGGAUCGGGCAAGGUGGUGAUCAUGGGCCAUUCGACUGGUAGUCAGGACGUGAUGCACUACAUCAACUGUCCCAACCCGCGACCCGCCCAUCCCGUCUUCGACCGCGAUUGGAAGCCCAUUCUGCGCGAACAGGUUGAUGGUGCCAUUAUGCAAGCGCCUGUCUCGGAUCGAGAGGGGAUCUUGUGGGUUGUCAAGUGUGGGACUGAGCGUGACAGUCCGCUUAAGAUGCGUGAGAUUUAUGAUAAGGCUGUGGCGGAUGCGCGUCGAGCGACAUAUGAAGAUCAUGACUUAGUUGACACUGUUGUUCCGUUGGUUGUGACAUCGCGAAUUGGAUACCCGCCUUCUGCGCCGGUAAGCAGUCGUCGGUUUUUGAGCCUGGUUAGUCCGGAUAGUCCGGAGAAUCCGUCUGAGGAUGAUUUGUUCAGUUCCGAUUUGAGUGAUGAGCAAUUCCGGUCGACUUUUGGUAUGAUUGCGAAGCGAGGCUUGUUGAAGCAGAAGAUGCUUGUGCUGUAUUCUGGGCGUGAUCAGUCUGUGCCUCCGUGGGUGAAUAAGGAGGCCUUGUUGAAGAGGUGGCAGGCUGCUGCUGAUGGGAGUGGGCGGCAGAUCUGGGAUACGAGGAGUAUGGUCAUUCCUGGUGCUUCACAUGCUUUGAGUGAUAACGACCAGACGAGGCCGCGGCAGAUAUUGGUCGAACAGGUGACGUCUUACCUGAGUGAUAUCCAGCGGAGAUGA